CUCCUGUAUUACGAGUAUAUCAUAUUGCGACGCCUACUUGGUACCUGUCUCACCACCGUCUCCAAACUUAUCCAACAGAACGGAGCAACUCUAGUCACACUUCUGCUUUAUUUUUGCUUUCUUGUGAAGUCUUUAAGCGCACAAAACUUAUUUUUUGUGAUUAGGAGGGACGCCAGGGAGAGCUGGAUAUUGCAACAGACAGGAGCUCACAGGAUCACCUAGCUGGGCUUCACGGUAAUGAAGUUGAUCUUCCGUGAAAGGGGCUCUGCGGGGCAACCUGCCGGGAAUGGUGGCGUUUAGAGGUUAAGGGCUGCUCCUGAGCAUGGCCUCGCUGCCAGCUGGAGCCCUACAACCGCCGGAUUACCUUCCUAAUGGUCCCCUUCACCGAGAACGGGAGGGACCUGUGGAAAGAACUAGCCGUCGGCAAGCUUCUGCGGCGGAGGAUGCUGACGCUGCUGAUAUUCUGCAAGCCUGGGACAGGGCCAGAGCAGCAGAGGAUGCUAGCCAGCACCGUCCAGCGCACUAUGAAUCCGUUUCUGGUGCGGACAGCGGCAUUAAUGCAGCAGGAAAUGCGCAUGAGGAAGAGGGGCAUGGGCUCAGCGCGCGGAAGCAUCUGAUGCCACCCGUCUCAGGGGACCUGACGCGCGUGUUGCUUACACCUGCGCGCCAUUCGCAUGGCUUCUCACAAAGCGCUCGCUCACGCUUGGCUUCUACGGAUGGUCGGAAAGUCCCUUCCUUCCUGGAUCCAACCGACGCCCCCCCAAACGACCGGAUUCGAAAAGCCAAGCAGCGGCGAAACAGCUACAGUGUGCCGGAAGCGCGAGCGGUGCCGUCCGAGUCCCACCCGGGCCUAGCGUCUACCUCUGUAAGGCAGCAGGAGCAGCAUGCAGCCGCAGAGCAGGCGUCCGGCUCCGGCCGGGGCAUGCGGCGCCCACCCGUCCGCAGAGCGACGCUGCAGGACUUACAGCUUGACCUCUCGGACUUGACUCCCGCAGCAUCGCUGCAGCUCACGUCCGCUACCGGCGUGCAGCCGACCAUUUCGCCGGUGUCUAACAUCGCGCCCGGGUCGCCUCCCGCUGCCGCUGGCAGCAGUAAGGAGCAGCACCCGACGACAAGCACCAGCGGGCAGCUUACCCGGCUGUCACCUACCGCGGAUAGUGCAGCGGAGGGGACGGGCAUACGGAAGAAGUUCAUAAAGAUGAUCUCGCUGCAGAAGUCGCGGACGCGGGAGAAGGCGCCACACCCGUCGAAGCUGGGCUUGCAGGGCCCAACACCCUCAGAGGUGCAUGAACAUUACCAUAUCGCGGAGGACAGCGAUGACGAUGAUGAAUCGGCUGGGAGUGAGGGUCAUGUUGCCCCGCGUCCCAUGUCGCAUGACUCGGACGAUGACGACGCAGAGGACGCACGCGGCGGCGAUGGGCCGCCGGCAGCGCCGUGGAAGAUGGGCGGCGUCGCGGGGCCCAGUCCCAUUGAGCUGCGCCUGAUGGGCGCGGCCAACAGCGUUUCCUUCAAGAAGAGCACCAUGAAGCAGGGCGUGCUGCGGCCGCUGUCCACGCUGCCGCCGUUUGUGCCGCGGUUGUUCAUCGAGGACAUCAUUUUGAACCAUGAGAAGUACCGCGGGUUCGAUACGGGGCGUGACCUGACAGCAGCUUCCAAAACCCUCCAGCCGUCCAUCAUUGAGCUGCAGGCGGCUGUCAUGAUUGCGGACGUGACUGGUUUCACCCGACUGACCGAGAUUCUUUCAAAGAAAGGGACAUCUGGCGUCGAGCUGUUGACGACUUGCAUGAACAACUACUUCACUCGCGCAAUUGACAUGAUCAUGGCGUUCGAGGGUGACGUGAUCAAGUUUGCCGGCGACUCCAUGAUUGUGCUGUUCUACCCGAACGAACACGAACGCCGGCUGUCUGACAAGGGCCUCCGCGCCUGCACCCUCCGCAUGAUGGCCUGCUCCUAUCAGCUCGCCACCAAGCUGGGUCACAUGCGCAUGAAGAUGAACGGACAGGUUGAGCCAGCUCCACCACCAACAGCGGAGCCGGCGCAGUCCUUUGCGGCGGUGCAGGCCGCGCCCUCGGCGCCGCUGCCGUCGGCUGCUCAGGCACACGGCAUGGGGCCGCUGCCUUCCCUUGACUUGGACAACAUGGAGGGGAACCAGCCGGACAUGCUGCGUAACAACAGCGGGCCGUUUAAUGCUUCAGCAGCAGCGUCGCGGCGGUUUCGCCAGGACUCGCCCCGGAGCAGCGCGACUAACCAGCCGGUGCAGGGCAGCGCAACAGGGGAGGAGGGAAGCCCGACGGGCACGGAUCCCGCCGCGACGCGGGUGGCGGAGGGCAGCGACCAGCCCAGCUCCAUUUCCUCUCGCAGACGAGGGAAGAGCUGGAGCCUGAUGGCCAGCAUCUUGAAAGCCAGCCGAGCAAACGCGAGGCGCAGCGACGCGUACAUGACGCCGGGCUCCUUGUCCCCCGCUGCCGCCUCAUCCAGCGGGCCGUCGCGGGUCUCCUUUGAGAAGACGGAGUCCAAGAAUCCCAGCCGGAUGUCAUCACGUGAGCGUGCCAAAACAGAAACCGGGCUGGGCCUUGCCCUGCGCAACUUCGCGGGCGGGGGCGGGGGCGGCGGCAACGCAGCCGAGGGCAGCGCUGGCGGUGCGGGCGCCGCCGGGCUGUGGGCUGGCGGCGUGGGCGUGGUGCAGCGGGAGAUGUCCGUAGCGACGAAGCUCAACCUGCCGCCGCCGUUGCGGCCCAUGCAGCCCCGUGCCAGCAUGACGCUGUCCCCGCAUGGCGCCACGGCGGGGGCGUCCAUGACGGCCGGCACGGGGCCGCUGGCGUCGGGGGUGUACCCCGGCAGCGGCAGCGCGCUGGCCAGCCUGGGAGCCAGCACGGUGACGCCUGCGUCCGGCUCGCCCAGGAGCUUCACGGAGAAUGCUGCGGGCAGCGGCAGCUCCUUCCGCCGCGUGCACGGCGCCUCACUGUCCUCCUGCCGCAGCGAGCGGCGGCUGCCCAGCGGUUUCGCCGGUCAGCCGGCGCUCGCGGGUCAGUCGGGCGACUGGCGCUCCAAGCUGCAGAACCUCAGCACCGCCAUCGUGCAGUCGCCCGGGUCGGGGCGGCUGGAGGAGGAGGUGCUGGCGCCGCAGCGCAGCAGGCUGAGCGAGUCGGCGCGGGCGGUGCGGUGGGACACGGUGCAGGAGGAGGAGAGCGUGGCUGAGGAGGCGUCGGAGGAGUCGGGGCAUGAAGAGGACGCCAGCUACCCGCCCAUCCAGGAGCCCUCCCCCACCGCAGCAGCGAACGCCGCCAAGCCAGUGCUGUCCGGGGCACCCAGCGGAAGGAGCGCUGGGGGUUUCGAAGGGGCCAGCCACCCGUCGCUCACGUCGGAGCGCUCCUACAGCUCCGUGGGCAGUGUGAGUGCGGGUGUGGCGCGGACCAUGCAUGCGGUGGAUCUGCGGAGGAAGCUGCUGCUGCGUGCGAGCCACUCGGACCGGGAGGAAGCGCACGGCAAGCGGGCGGCGGCGGCGGCAACGGAUGACGGGCUGGGGGCAGGGCCGGGCCCCAUUGCCGAGGGCUUCGAGGACACGCCCCCCGGCCGCAGCCGCCAGCACAGCGACACGGAGGGGCCGCAGCACGCCGGCGGCGACGGCAAGCAGGGCAGCUUCAUGCAAAAGGUCGUGCACUGGUUCAGCGCCAACGCACGCAACCGCAACGGCUACGUGGACUCCUUCUCAGUCGUCAUGCACCAGAACCACCAGCCCUCCACCCUCGCCAUGACCAGCCCAGAAACGCAGUCCGACCCGCAGAGCAGCCUGCCCCCCAGCGCCCCGCCGUCCGCCAACAACUCCAUCACCGCCAUGAACAACGCAAUACUCAACUCAGCAAAUGCAGCUUCCGUCAUGUCCCGGCCGCAGACCAUUGUGGGCAGCGGCGCGCCGACCAAGGCCCCACGCGGCGACCCCAUCAUGGAUGAGGUCUCCAACGCCCGCCUCAGCCUCAAAGUGAUGACCAGCGCUGGCAGCGUGUGUGUUUUCCAUGUGGGUGGCGGCGUGGACGAGGUGACGGACCCCACGCUGCCGGAGGUGCCGCGCUGGGAGUUCUUCAUCGGGGACAGGCCGCUGGCUCCGCUGCUGGACGCUAACCAGCGCCGGCGCUGCGUGAGCCAGGUGGCGGUCAUUGAGGACCAGGCGUCGGCGGGCAGCGUGGUGGCGAGCAGCGAGGUGAUGGAGCUGGUGCAGGGCGAGUGGGAGCUGGCGGCGCUGCCGGACAGCGUGUGGCGAGUGGUUGGGCCGAUCCAGUCACCGGCGCAGGGUCCCUUCCGUCUGAGCUACACCAGCGUGCGCACGUCCGCCACCUCGCACACGCCGCACCUGCGCGGCAGCGACGUGGGCGCUGGCAGCUCGGGGCUGCAGCAGGUGACCGAGCCGCACCCCAACACGGAGGCGGCACACCCCUGCGAGGAGGAGAUGGACGUGCUGAUGCUGCGGCAGACCUUGGAGGGGCUACGGUUGACUAACUCUGCGACGGACGGCCAGGAGGGCGUGAAGGCAGGCCAGCCGUCCUCAGGGCCAGGCGUCGGCGCGAGCCGCCUGCUGGGCAACUCCCUCACGGGCAGCAGCGACAGACCCACCAACGGCAGCGGCGCCGCAGCACCCGCCAGCCAACCGCAACCCGCACACUACCAGCCGCAAUCCCUGCUUGCUAUGGGCCAAAGCGACAGCAUGGAACGUGCCAACUCGCUGCCUACCUCCGCCCCGAGCACUGCCGCAGCUGCCAGCGCUGGUGCCGCAACCGCAGCCGCCACGUCAGCUGCUGCCGCCGCUGCGGCUGCCGCACAGCUGCCGCCCAGACUCCGACAUGAAUUCGUCAACCUGCCUGAACACGUGCAGCGGCGGAUUGCUGGGCUGCUGCGCAUGCAUGUGCUGGGCAGCGUGCGUGUGCGGGUCGAAGCAGGUCACCUGGAUUUCAUCAAUGAGAUCCGGCCGCUGACGUGCAUGUUUCUGGGUUUCCCCAGCCUGCUACAGCCGCGCGAUGACGUGGCUCACAAGGACCAGGUGCAGUGCGUGCAGUUCGCGUACACCAGCGUGCAGGCUAUCAUGCGCAAGUGGGACGGCUCCUUCCUGCAGUUCCGCAGCGAUGAGAAGGGCUUUGUGGGCAUCUGCGCGUUUGGGCUGCCGGGGCACACGCAUGAGGAUAACCCGACACGUGGCAUCCGCGCUGCGCUGGAGCUGGCGAGCACCAUCAAGGCGGGGGGGCACACUGUUGCAAUCGGCGUCACCACCGGAGACUUGUUGUGCACGUGCGUGGGGGCGCGCAAGCUGCGUUCGGAAUAUACGGUGUUUGGCGACGCGAUCAACCUGUCUGCACGCCUCAUGGUCAAGUGCAAGCGGGACAGCGCCGUGGGAAACAUCCUGUGCGACGAGCCCACCUACCUGCGCGCCAAGUACCAGGCGUCUUUUGACGAGCUGGAGCCGCUGCCGGUCAAGGGCAAGGCACAGCCGGUGCUAGUCUACAGGGUGAACGCGCACGAUGCGACUGCGGAGGCGCAAGCCGCGCAGGAGCGGCGGGAGGCGGCGGAGGUCAGCAGCGGCGAGCGGCCGCUGAUUGGUCGCGACCCAGAGAUGACGCUGACGCUCAACCACGCAGCCAGCAUGAUCAGCGGCAUGUCGCAGGGGGGCAUCAUCAUCAUUGAGGGGAACACGGGCAUGGGCAAGACGAAGCUGCUGAUGGAGGUACGCAAGAGCCUGGAGCGCAUCAACGCGGACACCUCCAUCGGCAGCCGGCCUGCCUUCCACAUGGUGUUUGGCAUGGCCGACACCGCCAACAAGUCGCAGAAGCUGCACCCCUGGCGCCGCGUCUUCCAGGAACUCUUUGCGUUGGACUUGAAGCUCAAGAACAUGGCAGCAGCAGGGCCGGGCGGGACGAACACCUCGUCAUCCGGCACCACACCCAGCGGGCCCACGGGGCGCAGAACGGCUCCCAACGCCAGCACCUCGGGGGCUGUCGCCGGCCUGGGGCAGGGACGGCGGCGCGGCACGGAGGACGGGCCCGGACAUGCGGUGUUCACCGCCCUUGGAGAGCGGCUGAGCAAGGUUCCCAACUACGACACCGAGUGGCGGCAGCACCUGGCGGAGCUGCUGGACCUGCCGCUGCCCUCCAUCCCGCUGGGCAGCCUGGAGGCGGAGCAGGCACAGCUCGCACCGCAGCCGCAACCGCCGCAGCCGACACUCUCGCAGGCGGGGCAGGCGGUGGGGUCUGACCAGGUGGACGGUGACGGGCCGGAGGGGGCGGGACUGCCUCCGCCGCUGGGCGCCACGCAGUCCGUGCCUGUGGGGCUGUUCCCGCUGAGCGGCGAUGCGCUGGAGAUGCUGCCAGCCUCACUGGCGGCCGCCACACCCGGCAGCAUGCUGCGCUCUUCGUCACCGUGGAAGACCCCCAGCAUGCGCCAUGCCAGCAUGACCAUGCCGGUGCCGCCGCCUGGGCUGCUGGACCCGCACAUGCACCCCGGCGGGCUGGCCACCGCCGGCUCGGUGGUGCCUGGCGCCGUGGCGGGCAAGGUAUCCUCCCCCGUGCAUGCAACCCCGCACACCAGCCAGGUUGGGGCGGACAUCCGCAAGAACAGCCUCAACUUCCUGGUCCACGUCAUGCAGGAGUUCAUCUCGCUGUACGGCCCCACGCUGGCGCUGCUUGAGAACCUGCACGACUUCGACACCUGGUCCUGGCAGCUGCUGGUGAAGGCGGCCGAGCUGCUCACCAGCGACUGCAUGAUCCUGGCCACCACCCGCCCCAACGACCUGCCGGCGGUGGGCGCCAGCCACCACCUGCACGGCAAGGCGGCCAUGUACCAGAAGGUGGCCAUGAUGUACCGCCACCUGCUGAAGCUGCCGUCCGCCACGCGCAUCGUGCUGGAGCCCUUCACCUUCCACCAGACCAAGAGCCUCAUGCAGGUGGUUGCGGACAUCAACUACCCGGACCAGUACGUGCUGGCAGUGAUGGAGAAGACGGGAGGCAUGCCGCUGUACAUCGAGAAGGUCACGGAGUUCCUGUGCCAGAGCCAGCCCAUGACGCAGCGGCCCUGGCUGCCGGACCAGGGCGGGGAGUUCUCGGCCAACGUCAACAAGAUGAUCCGCAACCUCAACUUCCAGCAGGUGAUCAUCGAGCGCAUGGACAGGUUGAAGCCCGGCAUCCACCUGACGCUCAAGGUGGCCUCCGUGAUGGGCCAGUGGGUGGACCUGGAGAUCCUGCACAAGUUCUACCCCAUCAACAAGAGCAAGGAAGAGCUGAAGGCGCACCUGCAGGAGCUGGAGCGGGGCAACUUCCUGAAGCCCACCGACACGGAGGGCGUGUGGGAGUUCAACAUGGUGGAGCGCGACAUCGUGUACGAGGUCAUUCCGCACUACCAGCGCCGCAGACUGCACGCUAAGCUGGCGCAGGAGCUGGAGAAGUCUCUUGAGGAGCAGCAUGUGGCCACUCUCACCACCAUCGCCUACCACUGGCACCAGGCGUGCAUGGGGCACGAGGUGGCGGAGGUGGAGUGCUCGCUCAAGGCGAUCGAGUUCUGGCACCGCGCUGCCGAGGCGGCCUACAACGGCAGCAGCCUGAUGGAGGCGCUGAAGCUGUACCAGAAGGCGGCGCAGAUCGCGGAGAUCCUGGCGGAGAGCAUGGGCGGCAGCGUCACUGCGGGGAACCACCAGGCGCUCAGCAAGGGGCGUGAUCGCCCAGUCGACGACGCCGGUCCCUCCACCUCGGGCGGUGGGGCGCAGGAGGGCGGCAGUGCUGACGGUCGCAUCGACGGCACUGACCAGUCCUUCACGGCUGUGGGGAGCGCGUUCAAGGGGCAGCUCAACUGGGGCCUCAUCAGCCGCCUCAGCCGCAGCCAGUGGGAAACCAAGAUGGCGUCGUGCUGCUUGGGCAUCGUGAUGCAGCAGUGCUACGAGUACAACCACUCCGAGUACUGGGAUACGGAGGACUACUUCCGCCUCCUCACCGAGCACGCCAUCCGCGGGCUGAUGCUGCUGGGAGCGCCACACCCCAAGGCGCUACUCAGCGAGAAGCGCAGCGCCAAUGGCAACGGCACGCUGCUGACCCGCCUUUGCGGGUGCUGCUUCCAGGGCGGCAGCAGCAGCGUCGUCGGAAGCGGCGGGUCGCAGUCCGCGGGUCCGCAGCACGGGUGGCACACGGGGCUGGUGCUGCAGGAUGGGGAGGUGCAGGAGAUCCGGGAGAUCCUGUUGGUGCUGAUUGUGGCGGCCAACCACUACAGCUUGCAUCACGAUUGGAACGAGUACGUUCGGUUGCUCACGUUUUGCAAGCGAGUGUGCAAGUUCUUCAACAAAUGCAGCGACUCGGGAACGGACCCCUUCCUAGACAUCCGGGACGCCUGCUCCAGAUGUAUCAAGAAGCUGCAAAACCAGUCACGCACCGCGGACCGCGAAUGGCGGCAUUCUGUGCAGUAGGAAUAAGGCUUUGUACGGGGAAGGCAACGCGCACGGCACAUGGAGUAUUGUACGUAGAGCUGGGAGCUGCUGUCCCCCGUCGCUUGCCACCGCAGCAGCAGCUGGAGCGGGUGGAGCAGCAGCAGCAGCAGGACUCGGAG